CGAAGACCGCUCUCUCUAGCACAAACUGCUACAAACAGCUGAAACACAACAACAACCCCAAACCCUCUCGGCUGAUGGGCAGGGCGGGCACAAACCACCAUUUUCCCAUUCGCUUCGGAUUGGGCGCUUUGCAAGCCACAGAUCUGCGGGCAAAGAACUGAGCAGGAGACCGCGAUCAUUGAGCAACUCGGGAAACUGGGAGCCGGAGCAGCCCCCCGCCCCUCCCUGCCAGCCCCCCGGAGCUCAACUACUGGCGAGGAGGGCGAGGAGUCGCGGGCGCACGCGGAGCUGCAGUGCGCUAUCCGUGGUGCUGAACAGCCGCACUUCCUUCAGCAGCGCUCCCCAUCGAUCAAGCGGCGGAGGCGACCCCCGCCCGGGUUUACGGGAAACCACUUCGGGGACUUGAAGCCGCACCUUCCGGGGCGCCAGAUGUACUUUUGGAGAGAUCCAGGUGUAUGUUUGCUGGCGGCUGGGUUGAAACGUUUUGCCGGAGGCUGCGUUUGCGGGGAGCGGUGGGGGAAAGGGGAGCAGGACUGAAUAGCAAGACUAGAGCUUUGGAAGUGGAGGCGGAAAGAAGAGACCAAAGGCGCUAGCUUUGCUUGGAUCACUAGGAAGGUUUUAUAAUGGCUUAUGGCUGAGGAAUAAAAAUGGACCUGGAACAAGAAUCUCAUUGAUCUAGGGCUUUCCAGUCCAAGGAGAUGACUGCAAAACUGAAGCAAAUGAGAAAAGCAGGAGCUGGUUGGAUAGAUUGGUCCACCUUAAAUACUGAUUGGCAGCUUCUCAAUAAAUUCUCUGUACAUUUGCACUCCUACAGCCUCAAAACAUGGUGCUGAAUGCAGCUGCUUGUCCUGCUCUUGCCUCAUGUAGAUUUCUUAGUACAUGAGAAGGCAACUUACAUAAAGAGACUUGCAGACCCAACAGAGAAGAAAGAGAGACUUGUGUCAUGUGUAAUUGAAAUAGUUUGGUGUUUAGGCCUGUUUAUCUCAAAUGACAGAAGGGUGACAAGGAGAUGGCAGGAGGAAUUGGCCCUUUGCACAGAGAUGACUGACUUAACUGGGAAUUAUUUAGAAAGAAAAAUACCAAUGGCCUCAUUUGCCACAUUUCAGCACAACUGAAACUGAAUGCAAACAUUCCCCCGUCCUAUUGUAGCUGGUGACCAAAAAUGACAACAAAAACCCUAGAUCUGUCUGCCUUUAGUUUGAUAAAGGCUGGAAUACAAAGAAUAUGGCCAUAUGGAGCUACCUGGGAUGUGAAAGUAAAGCCAUUGUUUACAAGCAAAUAGUCAUUGCACUCCAGAGCUCAGUAGUGGGCACUGGGCUACAAAGACUAAGGAACUCCUAAAGUAGCCCAAAGUACAUCUGUUUUUCUGGGCUAAUGUGAAGGAGCCAUAUGCGAUAUGGGUUGGUGGAAUUCUGCAUUGACCUCAAGCAUGGCAAGCCAAGAUCCAUGACUCAGACAAACAAUCCGUCCAGAGAAUUUGGAUCCACAUUUUCUUCUCAGACUGUUUAACUGGACAGUAGCCCCAUGCCGGUGUAUCCAAUGAAGAGUUGGUCGCUGUCCGUUGUCUCUGUGGUGCUGAAAUUUGGAUGAUGUCGAUCAGGAGACCUAAGGGCUGCUGCUGCAUGUCGCAUUUCAAUGAGGACAACGGCAGGUUUGUCCUCUUGGCGGUGCUCAUUGUGGCAUACCUGACCGCUGGAGCCACCAUCUUCUCAGCAAUUGAAAGCCCAUCUGAAACAGAAGCUCAACAUCGCUGGAACUGGACCCUUCAGAACUUCAGCCAGAUGUUCAACAUUAGCCUCCCUGAGCUAAGGACCUUCUUGAGAAGUUAUGAGGCAGCCAUGGCUGCAGGCAUCAGAGCAGAUGCCCUCCGACCAAGAUGGGACUUCACAGGUGCUUUCUAUUUUGUGGGCACAGUGGUGUCAACUAUAGGUUUCGGAAUGUCCACACCAGCAACAGUAGCUGGCAAAGCUUUCCUUAUCGUUUAUGGUCUCUUUGGGUGUGCUGGGACGAUUCUGUUCUUCAAUCUUUUCCUGGAGCGCAUCAUCUCGCUGCUGGCUUUGGUCAUGAAGGCUUGCCAUGAGAGACGGCUGCGGAGAAGCGGCCUUCUACCUCCAACCUGCCGAAGGGGCUCAGCUGUCUCCGAUGCAGACAGCCUGAUUGGGUGGAAGCCAUCAGUCUACCAUGUGAUGUUGAUCCUGGGAAUCUUUGCCAUUAUUCUUUCUUGCUGUGCCUCGGCCAUGUACACAGCCGUGGAAGGGUGGAAUUACAUUGACUCCUUGUACUACUGUUUUGUCACCUUCAGCACCAUCGGAUUUGGUGAUCUGGUGAGCAGUCAAAACGCUGUGUAUCGAAAUCAGGGAUUAUACCGAUUCGGGAACUUCAUGUUUAUAUUAAUGGGGGUAUGCUGCAUAUACUCUCUUUUUAAUGUCAUCUCGAUAGUAAUCAAGCAGGUUUUAAAUUGGAUGCUCAGAAAGUUUCGAUGUAGAUGUUGCCCAGAUUGCCAUAAACCAACUGCUCGCCUUGGGCGGCGCAAUGCCAUCACGCCAGGAUCCCGUUUCCGCCGGCAUAACUUCUCUAUGGAAACAGAUGGACAGUAUGAUAGCGAUACAGAGGGGAGAAGGCUUUCAGGAGAAAUGAUCUCCAUGCGGGAUCUCACAGCCUCUAACAAAGUCUCCCUGGCACUUCUGCAAAAGCAGUUAUCCGAGACAGCCAAUGGCUACCCUCGGAAUGUCUGUAUAAACACUCGACAAAAUGGCUUCUCGGGAGGAGUGGGUGCUCUAGCCAUCAUGAACAAUAGACUGGCAGAGACAAGUGAUUCUAGGUAGAAAUUUUGAAAUUAUCUUCUAUAAAACAAAGACAUUUUCUUAUCCUUUAUUUAAUAAAACAAUAUU